CGGUGAUAAUGCUGAUAAUUUUCGGUUAUCACUUGUUUUUAUAUACAAAUCUGAUGUUCCACAGUCAGGUUUCAAAAGUGGACACUAGUGCAAACACAUAAUGUUGAGGUUUUCAGUUUUUUUGUUAGUUUAUUGCUUAGCCAAUGUGACUGGUGAGUUAGACUCACAGUCUCUUCUUGGAAAUAAAGUAGACAUUGUCAGAGGAAAUGAUCUCUAUCUGAGUUUACCGAAUGCGACACCAUUGAACGAGACAUGCAGGCUGUAUGGGCCUGAUGACAAGCUAGUCACCGUAGCAGCAGUCGAUAGAUUCAGUAAUGAAUCCUGCGGUUAUAUCAUCAGAAGAGUAAAUGAAACUCACCGUGGAACUUGGAGUAUCGUAUAUGGACAAGAUACUACAAACUGGCAGUUUGAUACGAAUGUCAAUAUUAUAGAACUCUAUAACACGACCCUGCCAGAUUUAACAUGGGAAGCUGGAAGUUCCGUCGAUAUAAUCGUUGGUCCUGAAGAUGCAGUGUACUGCAGGAUUAUGGACAAUAGAUAUCGUGUCUUUUUGGAACAAUUUGGUCCGUGCAGAAUGGUUGUGGACAGAGUAACCAUGGAUCACAGAGGAACGUGGAGUGUUAAUAUUGGCAUUUCUGGCGCGGUUACCACAUAUUACAGCAGUUUUCGAGUCAACAUAGGACGAGAAGACACAUUAACACCGGUUAUGAGAAGCAUAGCCAGGGAAGGUCAGUCGGUGACCCUGAGCUGUUCCGUACCACGAGAGUACGAGGUCAGCACCUGCAGCUUCCGAAGUCCUUCGCACAAUAGUAUGAUAGCAAGCCCCGGGGUCGGCCAGAAUGGAUUCGCUGGCGGCGUCAUGAGUCAGGAGACGGCUACUGGGAACCACGUCUGCACACUUCGUAUCGUAGCCUUUGACCGAUGGCAACAGGGAACUUGGCGCUGUGCCCUGAACACUACACAAGGAGUGUUGCACGGGUUCCUCUAUGUUGAUUCGGUUUCUGACUUCUACCGACCUGAGCCACAGCUGCGUGGUAACGACGAGUUCGCGUAUGAAUUGGAGCCGGUCGUGAUGUCUUGCUCCGUAGAAGCCGCCAUUCGAUACUGCUACUUCAGAUCGCCUAAUGGCACCGUCUUCAAUGUUGGCCCAUCUAUAUCAUCGCCGGACUACGAGUACGUGGGCACCGGGUUCAGUGGCGGCGAGUGUGGCAUCAGGUUCCACAGGAUCCAGCCGUCUCAGGCGGGCAGAUGGUCCUGCAAUGUUGGCUUGGCAUACAAAAUUUAUACAGAAGAAUUGUCCCGCGAAAUAUUCUUGUCACUAAGUGAACGGAUUUGGACGCAACAGUAUUCGAGACACAAUACUAUGACAGUGGAGAUGUCCGUGGGCGAUGGAGGUGAACUGGAAUACUGCAGAUUUGUGCGCAGCGACGGAAUGGGUUUCACGUCGGACUACGUACCUUUGGAGUACAGUGUGGAAACCGGCCGCAUGUGGAAUGGGAUGUGCGUGAUGCACGCGCUGCGGCCGACGGCAGCCGACUGGCGAGCGUGGACCGUGGCCGCCAAGCUGACCGGCCACAGCGGCGAGCUCACCGGCAUCACCAACCCGCAGCGUCUCGGGCCAUCUAGCGGCGCACACUCGGUGGCUGCGUUCUUCCUGUGGCUGUUCUUCGCGAUCUUCUUCUUUAUGAUGCUCUUCGCUGCCCUCUCCCUCGCCUCCAAGCGUAACCGCGAGUGGACUUACGCGAGAGCAGCUCAUAUUAGGAACAGCUUCAGGAGACAACCACCACCUCCCCAGCAGACUCAACCAGUCCAGCCUACGCAUAUCAUCACUGAAUUGCCACCUAAAGUAUAAAGUAACUUUUUAAAUAUAUUUUUUUGGUAUGAUCAGUUAAGAGUUUAUUUACUUACACUUCUAAAUUAUCUAUUUAUAUUAUUAAUAUAAAUUAGGGCACAUCUACAUGGUGCAAGUAGCUUGCGCAUGUUGAGGCACAUGCGCAGGUUGCAUGUAUUUUAAAAAUCCAGCGACUCGCGCAUGUACCAAAGCAAAAUACACACCCGCGUGUUCUUGUCACUUGCGCAUGUUAACUUGCUCCAGCUAGGUGCAUGCACCGUGUAGAUGCACCCUUAAAAAAAUCAAAAGUAACUCAAACGUACUAUAUGACAAACAGUACUGUUAUGAAGUUACAAAAGCGAUUAACUUUCGAAAAAAUUGUUUGUUUCAUUUUUGUUAACGAAUAAAAUUUUUGAUUUCUUA